AUGAUGAUUGAUAGCGGUGCUGCCAGGAACGAGAGCCGCUGGGCCGCCCCUUGGCGUUUCCUCAAGUCGUACGUCUCCCACGUUGGCGCCGCCUAUCUCGACUUUGCGGCGCCGAUGGCCCUCUUCUUCGUCUUCAACAUGGCGAUGGACAUGCAGGACCCCGAGCGGUUCGGGCUGCUGUGGAUGCACUACGCCGGCGUCGAGGACGAACAGCAGCGGGAGGUGAAGUUCCCCGCGUAUGAGCCGGGAAGUGCACCGCAGCAGAAGCGGGUGGCCGCAGCAACGGCAACGGAGUAUGUGGCCUCGGUAGCGUAA